ACAUAUUAUUGUUGUCUAUGAUAUUGUUGGUUAUGUUUUGUUAUGUUCUUAGUUUUUAUGCGGUUUUUAUAUAAUUGUAAGAUAACUGAGUUUUAGUCGUUGUUUAAAAAAUGCAUCGCAAAGUUCAAGCAGCCCUUAUACAAUUAGUAGUUGGGAAAAGUCGUAGCAAAAACAUCGAAAACGCUAAUCAAAUGAUUUGUGAAGCAAAGAAUAAAGGUGCAAAACUUAUAGCAUUACCCGAGUGUUUUAAUUCUCCCUACGGUACUAAUUUUUUCAAAGAAUAUUCUGAAUCCAUUCCCAAUGGUCCAACUUGCAAAAUGCUUUCAAAUGCGGCUAAAGAAAAUGAAGUUUAUUUAGUUGGUGGUACUAUUCCAGAAGAAGACAAUGGUAAAAUUUAUAACACUUGCACUGUCUGGGAUCCAAAAGGUGAACUAAUUGGAAAAUAUCGCAAGAUGCAUUUAUUUGAUAUAGAUAUUCCUGGAGGUAUAACAUUUAAAGAAUCUGAGAUUUUAACUGCAGGGAAUGACUUGCAAACAUUUACUAUAGACAAUAAUAUUAAAGUUGGAAUUGGAAUAUGUUAUGAUUUGAGAUUUGAAGAACUGGCAAAACUAUACCGAAAAAGGAAUUGUGAAUUACUGAUAUAUCCUGGUGCAUUUAAUAUGACUACAGGGCCACUUCAUUGGGAACUUCUGCAGAAGGCAAGGGCUCUUGAUAAUCAGUUGUUUGUAUUUGCCGUAAGUCCAGCAAGAGGAGAUAAAGGGUAUAUUGCUUGGGGACAUUCUCAAGUUACCAAUCCAUGGGGCAAAGUUAUUGCUCAGGCAGGUCAUACUGAAGAGAUAGUUUAUUGUGAACUUGAUUUUGAUGAAUGUGACAAAAUCAGACAACAAAUACCAACAUUUCCUCAAAGAAGAACAGACAUUUAUGACACUAUUCUUCUAAAUAAAUAACACUUCUUUACUAGGUGUAAGCUAUAAUUGCAAUAUUUAAACAUUGCUUUUAUUGUAGAAUACUAUGCAAUUUGUAAGUAGGAAUAGAUGCAUGUGGAUAUAUACCCUUACUGAUGUAUAUUUGUAUAUAUAUAUAUGUAUAUAUGUAUAAUUCUAAUGGUCCAUCUUAUUAUA